AUGGCCACGCCCGCACCGACCACUGAUGCCCGGCCCGCCAAGAGGCGGUGCUUCCUGCCUCAGGAGACUCCUGCUGCGUUUGCUGGAGAAGAGGCGACGCGGAAGACUUUACAACACGAACCUCUCGCUUGCCUCUCCCAGAACGGUUCUGGCCAAGACAUGACACCUGUUAGUGCCGCGCCUCAAGUGGGGCCUCUGUCGUCAGCGGCUUUGCUUCAACUGGUCCAAUCCCAAAGCACUGGAGGAGUUCCUCAAGCCGUUAUCCGAAAUCUGUUUACUUCCCUGCAUCGGAACCCGCUGAAAACUUGGCAAGGGAACCCGUUGCCUCCUACCGCCUCGAGUGUCUCUCUCUACGCAUCCACGCCCUCGUCUUCUUCAACCUUGCCGGGGGUCGGAACAGCGUACCCGCAAGCCUCCUCCGUAUCAGCAGAUUUUAUGCAAGGUGAAGCAUUUGCAUGCGCUGGGAAAGCCACGGCUCCGGAUGCUUCUCCGCUUUUCGCGCUACUGGGAGAAGCAGCCCGCACGGCCGCAGUGCCGAGACCAGCCGCCCCGUUGAGUGCCCCGGGCUGCCCGUCCGCCGCGCCAGCUUCUUCUCUUCCACCUGCAGAGACUCUGGCUCUUGCCCAAAGUGCUUUUCGUUCACUGACUGGAGGCGCGUGCGAUCCCAAGACUUCUUCGUCCCGACCGGAAGAACACCCCGCGUUCGCUGCCUCUGCCGCAGCAUCGGCACUGAAUCGCCAAUCUCUGCUUCGGGCCCUGCUGUUGUCCACAGCCCCCCUCGCGUCUUCCGUGCCUUCCAUAGCCUCUGUUUCUCCCUCACUAGCAGUGCCUGCUGGAGUAGUGUCGAGAAACACCAGCACCAACCAACUUGAGAGACUUCUGCUCCAAGCGGAAGUGGCGAAGGGAAAGAACUUCCUGCCUAAUGCAACCCCCCUCAGCAAGGCAUCCCAGCCUUCGACACCGCGGAGAGACAUCCUGACGAAGCCAAACAUCCUUCCCGACACGCGAGGUCUUUCGGCUGAUGAAGCAAAUCGCCGCUACAACACACGAGGGGCCAACAGCGCCGGUGUAGGCAUGCGCCGAGGGACAGGCGCGCCUUCGACUCCAGAACCAGGCAGUGCACUGGAUGCGACAGAACGGACAGGCAACUUGGGAGCUGGAGAGAGAUCCAUGCAGGGGACAACCAGCUCGAGAGGACGACAAGAACAAAGUGCCCUGGAUCCAUCAAAUCUUCUUGGUCUCUUGGCUGCUCUUCAACCGUCACAAGCCUCAGUGUUUCGAGAUUUAUCUGCGUCUUCAUCCCACUUGCUCUCCGCCGCUCCAGCAGGAGCGCUUCCAUCGGCGAUUCCUUCCACACCCUCUUCCACUCUAGCAUCGUCUCCAUGCCUGCCGUCUGCUUCGGCUUCCUCAACCGCUGCUGCCUCACUCUCAGAAGUAUUGCCCGCCGUUGCUGACGAAAGUGCUGCUAGGAGAGCGACGGACGCUUCCACGAGCGCUUUGUUGGCCUUCCUCCAGAAAACCAAUGCACUUGCUAGCCUGGGAACUUCGGACUUCCUGGAUCAGCUGCAAGGUAGGGGCUCACCCCUCCCCUUGACUAUUCCAGACGCCGCUGGUCUGCCCGCGUCGCUUCUCUCUGGAGGUCCAGACGGAACUGUGGAAACACGGAGUGGGAACGGCGGCAAAAACGUAGGUCCUCUUCAGCUGCUUCAGUCUGCUUCCCGACUGCCUUCUUCCUCUCAACAAGCGCUGCUGGAUGCAUUGCUUGCCUCGUCGUACUCUGCCUCCGCCGCUCGGACGGAUGGGUCCGGAGCUCUUGGCAUUCCGGGGUCCGAAAGAGACGAGAGAGGCUCCAAGCUCGCGGCGCCUGCUCACCCUCUCGCGUGCUCCUUUCCCCAGACCUCCAGCUCAGAUGGCAGCCCUGGUCGCAAGGCCAGCCGAGUGCAUCGCCAAGGGGCAUCCUCUCAGAAUGGUGGCCGCGUCAGACGCGGGAAAAGCGGCAACUCUGUGGCUCCCCAGCGGCAAGCCUCGAGUGAGAGUGUGAUGUCCUAUGCAGCUGGGGCCCCACGGGACGCCCCGCAACGAGGUUUCUCUCCUCAAGACGCGCUCGGAGACCUUGCCGCGUCCCCGCCGCAUCCGCUCGACAUCCUGCGUCUGGGGGCCUUCUCAGGAGGCGCAGGCAAGCAGGACAUUUCAGUUCACUCGGACGAAACUGCAACGCUUUCCGGUGAGCCUUCACAGCGGAGCUCACUGUCUCGCGUGCUAACCCAGGAAAGUGUGCUCCAGCUGUCCGAUUCAACCAGCGCAAGUCGCGAAGGAGAACCUCACACCCUCGGCGCCUCCAAGGCCGCGGCCGCGUUCCUGCCCGACUCUGCGCCUGCGUUGGGAGGAACAGGGAAAGACGCGGCAGCGAACCAAGGCUGCGGGGUGCUCUCGGCCUCGUUGCCUUCGGCUUCCGGGACUCAGACGUCGACUGUCGCGCCCAAGACGCGAGAGGGCCGACGCGGCGCAGGCGCUUCGGGCGCACCGCCGCCAGUCCCCUUGCGAGCGGUCGUGACUCUGGGCGGCAAUCGUCCACAUUACCAUGUGGCCAAGCAAGAGUGGAGAGUGCGCUACUACAUGAACGGGAAGAGGAAGAUGAGGACGUACAGUGCCAAGUUCUACGGGUAUGAAACGGCGCACACCAUGGCCGAGGACUUUGCUCACUAUGUGGACAAGCACGAGGCGCUGCCCGACUCAAUGAUGAUGACCGCCAUGAUGCUGCAGGCGCAGGCUAACGCAGCUGCGUCCCCUGGGCAAACGGCCCCUGUCGCGCGCGGCGUGAGAGCUUCCGGCGCUUUGGCCGGGGAAGGCCAAGCCCCCAAAGCAGCUUCUACGAAGAACGGGGUGACCGGCAGCUCUGAGACUGCGACGCCUCCGAGCCCCGACUUUUCUGUGAGUCAAGAGGGCGAAGCAGGCGAGCCACAACCACUCGCUUCAGGUUCCUCCCGCUCCCUGUCUUCGGUGCGCAGUGCAAGCAGUGUGCCGGCCCUCGGGAGGCAGGAAAAAAAGGCAGAUCCAGCGAGACACACUUGGUUCGGUGAGCCCAGCCAGGCUCCGGGUUCCGAAGCGACCGUGCAUGCUCCAGGCGCCUGCUCGAACGAUGGCCGAGAGGGCUUAGACGCGGCCGACGAAGCCCUUUGGGCAGCCCUCGGGAAAGUCCCCGAUACUACGACUGGCAAGCAGGAUCAAGGGGAGAUACUGCCUCCGACUCGCAGGCGUCCUGCCACGCCGGCAGAAAACAAACCGGGGGGAGUCGGAAACGAACGUUCAGAGUGCGAGGAGGCGCUCGAAGUGGCUGACCUUCAAGCAUGUCAGAGUGGGGAGGAGUCGAGCUUGAGAGAAGGUGAAGCGGGCAUCGCCGUGUUUGCGCGAGAUCCUUUCCAAUUUCUGUCUUCUCGGACACCCCCACCCGACCAUCUGGCCUUGCCGUUUUCUGGAGGGGUGGAAGCGCUCUAUUUGUCUUCCGCCUUCCCUUCGAGCGGCUCUUCGUUGCCACUCGCCAGCGAAGCGGCAGACUUCUCGAAGGAACGAAACGGACACAUUGCUGCCGUUUUGCCUUCUCACCCGCGGCAAGACCAGGCCGGGUCUUCUCUCGCUGCCCAACCGGAGGACUUUCCUUCCCAGUGUGCGAAGCUGUCCACUCCUCCGCUUCCGCCCGCAGUCAUGCAGGACAUUAAAGGCGAGGAAGGGGAGAUGUCGCGCCGUUUCGCCAUCGUCUGCGAAAGCAUGUCGAAAAACGGCGCACCAGAAGAAGUCAAGUCGCUUCUUCCCGCGACGAGCUUACCUCCCACCGGCGUUCUUGCGGCAGAUUUUCUUCAGCUCGGGCGCUGCGGGUCAGACGGGAAGUCCGGGUCGGCUCUGCCUCAAGGCUUCGGGGGAAACGGCCACAGUGUGACUGCGACAGCCGUGGCGGCAACCGCAGUGAGUCACCAAAUCUUUGACACGAUCACUUUGUUUGGCGAAUUUCUCCGCGAGUUCGCCAAGGAAAAAGUAAACGAGUUCCACGAGUACGGACUGAACGCACCGCCUCUGACCGUUGAAGCCGUCCCAGAAGUUUCUUCCCUCUUUUUGAAUACGGAUGAAGGCAGAAAUCCGUUUUCUCUGGGAAACACCGCUACAACGGGCAAGACGAGCUGCGCAGACGCCGGCGCCCUGCCCGAGCUUGCCUCGCAACUGUCGCUGGAGAGCGCCCGGACAAACGGAACGACCGGGGAGGCGCAGUUCGCGCUCGCUCGCGGCUUGUUUCCUGGAAACGAUUUGCUGGACGGGGAGGACGAGAAAAAGCCGGAGUUGGGCCAGCCCGAGCUUCUGGUUCUGUCCCACACCCUCGUGAAUCUGACGUCCUCGACCUAUGUUCUGAUGCACACACUUAAAGCGUCCCUAACGAAAUCGACGGAAGCGGUUCAGCUCCACCAGCCUCUAUUGGCGGGUGCGCCCUCGGAGACGGAUCCAACGGAGAAAGAAGAGAAGACGGACGCGAAGACGGAGUUUUCCCGAGGGUUCGCUGACCCUCUCACCGAUGCGACGCCCGACCUCGCGUUUCCCGACAAGUUGUCGCCGGCUCUGACAGCUUCGACGAACGACCCUCCGCCGCUUUCCGCCUCAGCUUCUCUUGAGACGGUGGCGCCCUUCUCAGUUUUGCCUUUGGAGGACGCGGCGUUGCGUGCGUCUGCGUCUGGACCUCUUGCGUCGACCGACGAGGGCGAGACGCAGGCCUCCUCCCUUUUCAAGGAAAGCGAGGCGUCGAAGAAACGGGACUUGUUCUCAGCGGUGGUUGACUUGGAGGCCGCGGGCCCGGCGGUCACCUUCAGCGACAGUCUCGGCCAGCACAUGGACGAAGAGAGCAGGAGCUGCGUGAGCACGAGUUGCGGGGAAACUGUGGCGACGACGCUGUCUGCCAUCGGCGCAGGCAUGGCUGGGUCCGCAGGCACCCUUCUCGACUCAGAGCCGAAAUACGCCUUGGAGAUGCCGAACACCGGCGGCUCUCGAGUCGCAGCCAGUCUGCAGUGGAGCGCCGCUUCCCUGGCUGCAGGCAGCAACACGCCGGCGCCUACGCGCACGUCGACCUCGAGCGGCGUCUUCUCCUUCACAUGCGCCUCCACUGCGACGCCUGCACUCGGCGACUUCAAACAGGCGAGCGCGAAGGAAGCCCUCCAGAGCAAGGACGCAGGUGAUGCCCGGGGAGAGCCGGCGAAACCGGAAGCGGUGGAGAUGGGGAAGGAGGCGGGGAGCGACUGCCGGAGACGCUCAGGCAGUCCGGACGUGGAGGGCAAAGAGCGGACAGAGGAGGCGCGGGGGGAACACCGGCAACGGAGCGAAAAGCGACCGAGUGUCAUCGCAACUGCGCUGGGCCUCUUGGAGACCCACCAGCACCUGGCGCUGACAAUCUCGCAGCUCAAGGGACCGGUCUCGCAGCAACUCCGCUUCAUUUUGCGGAUUGCCGCGCCUCAACUUCUUCCAUGUGUGCUGCCGCCUGCGUCGUUCCAACGCAGCUCGGGAGAGGAAGUCGGGGCAGACGCGAAGGGAGAGCACCAGUCGAACCGCCCGCCGUCCGCCUCGGACGUGGCCCUUGAGCACGGCGAGAAGAAACAGGGCUCUGCGGAAAGAGAGAUCGAAGGCGCGUCUGCAGAGUGCAGCGUGAAGCGCGAGAGUGCCUCGGCUGCAGAGACCGAGAAGGUGAGUCGGAAGCGGCCGAGAGAAGAGGCAGAUGGCAGCGAAAGAGGCGAAGAAGAGGAUCUCGCAGGUGUAGCACUGGAUCAGGCUUCGGGUCCCGGUGCGGAUAAGAGCUCGGCCGCCAGCUUCAGACGCGCCUCGACUUCGACUCGCGUGAUUCGCGACGAGGCGUCUCUCGAGCGUCUUCUUCUCGCGCCCUUCCAGGACACGCCGGUUUGCUCCUGCACGGAUCGGCCGUGCCCGUGCGACCGCCAGCAAGUGGCGGACAUGAUUUACCUUCUCUAUGCGAUCCCUGCGCGUCAGCAGGCGUGCAAAACAGAGAAGACGCGCAGUCCCGAGCCAGAGGCUAGGCCAGAGGACGAGCGCACGGAUGCACAGACAGGACCGGAGGGCCAGAGAGAAGCAUCCACUGCGCAGAACGCCCAAGGACCAAACGCGCGAGGCCACGGCGAGGGGGAAGCGCGACCCGACAUCUCGAUUGGCGUGAUGAGUUCCUGCUCUGAUCACGCGCCUCACCCCGAGAUGGCAGAGAUCGCUGCUUCGGCCGAUUCAGAGGAUGGGAUGGGGCAGGAAGGGCAAAGCCGCACCUCAGGAGAUGCGCACAUGGUCGGCGAGUGUUUGCUCCCGUCGUCCAAAGGCCCGAAAACCGCCGAAGGGGUUCCUCUGGCGUUGCGCUCCCAGCCGUCUUUCGACGUGAACGUGGCUGUCGGACGGGGUUUCGUUGCUGAUUCUUCCGAGGCGUCCGUGCAAAAGCCGACUGAAAGUGGAGACGCAGACCCAGCGACGCUUUCUGAGAGUCGCUCGGAUGAACAGCAGAGGACCUCGUUUUCAUCUUCUUCCCUUCUGGCGGCGGGACACGCCAUGGCGUCGUUUUCGUCCUCGCUGAUCGGAGUUGCGCCGGUAGUCGGCGCAGUUGGCGAGCGAAAGGAGGGCGAAGGGCCGAGCCUGGACCUCUCGACGAUUGGGUUGUUGAGUCUGUCUUACUCUGCGAUGCUCGCCUUUAUUCUCCCUCUCCAGUCGCUUCUGCAUACGGUUUCCUCGAUGAUUUUGACUCUCCACAAGAAACUCAUCCACCGCUUCAUUUGCGCUCACCUUCGUCGCGUUCUCGAAGACGACAUCCGAUGCCCCGAGGACAGCACGGAGAAGAAACGGAAGAAGGAGGCCGAGGACGAAGGCGAAUCAAGGAAACGAGGGCGAGGAAGGGAGAGGGGAGACAGCCAGGGGGAGAACGCGCUGUUGUCUGUCGAGAGUGGCGAGGUUGCCGCGCGCGAAGAGAAUGGCGGCGCGCGGCCAGAAGCACUCGAGGCGAGUCUCCCUUCUCCGGUGUAUGCGGAGCGCGACGGUGAAACGAAGGAACGUGGGGACAAAUUCACGCUCCUCAACACCGUCGUUUCCCUUCUCUCGACUGACAGCUUGCCCCACAAGACGACAGAGACAGACGCAGGAGCGCAAGAGGAGGAGGCGUUGCCGCGGACCACGGCGGAUUUGCUUCAACCCACCGAAGCAUCUGAGGAAGACAGCGCUUCACCCUUUCUCUCGUGCGCUUCGGGGCCUGCCGCCGCCGAAGCCGAUCUAAGCUAUUCUUCCGCCCCGGCUGCCUUUAGAGUCGCGCCGACAGGAACCGCAGCGGGAGUGGAACGUGGAGACUCAGAUCUCGCUUCUCUUCUCUCGCUGUCUGCCGACGUGCAUCCUGCAGUUUUGCAAGCGUAG